CGCCUGCCUGCCCACGACAAGACAACGCACCACGUCGUUGCCGCGCAAUGUUGAAUGUUAUCUCUCUUGUCGCUUGUCGCGUUGACAACAACGUCCCGUACCGGCGCACACACCUCUGUCCCUGCUUCCCUCUAGCCACACUCGAUCGACAAUGCUCGACCGCCGGCGCAACCUCCUGCGCCUCGGCGUGGCCCUCUACGCCGCAGUAGUCACCAUCAUGCUCUUCCAGCGGCCCGAUAGCGCAGACUACUGGCGGCACGCGUUAUCCCGCGACCACGACGCGGCACACCGAGAGGCACUACUGGCAGUGACACCACACGAGGCAGCAGCACCGGCGCCACCACCACCCCCACCACCACCUCCGCCCCCACCACCGCCGCCAUGCUCGAUCUGCACCGCCGGCCCGGUGGGCAAGAGCCUCUGCGCCGAGUGGGGCGCCGACGCGAUGACCCGCCUCGUGUCCUACGCCGGCACGAACCACCGCCUGCGGCGCGCGCUCGCCCGCAUGCGCGCCGGCAAGCCGUUCACGCUGGCCGCGAUCGGCGGCUCCGUGUCCAUGGGCCACGGGCUCAAGGACGAAGAGCCCAAAGCCUACUCGGACCUCAACCUGCACUCGCGCGUGUUUGCGUGGCUCAACGCCACGUUCCCUGCGGCUGGGGGCAGCGUGUACGACCCCGCCAAGCGGCCGGCCGACACCAACGUCUAUGUCAACGGCGCGCAGCCGGCACGAGGCGCCGACUACUUCUCCAUGUGCAGCCAGCUGCAUGUGCCCGCGGAUGCUGACCUUGUCGUCGUCGAGCUCGGUAUCAACGACCCACCGGCCAUGACCACAAUAGUCAACUUUGAGCUGCUGCUCCGCCAGCUCCUCGAGUCCGACCACGAGCCCGGCGUGCUCGUGUUCAACCUCUUCGCGCUCAAGUUUGACGAGAUGGCAAUGGGCGCCGAGGUCAACCAUGGCGUGGCGCAGUUCUACGACGUGCCGACACUGACGCUGCGCAAUGCGCUCGCGCCGUUCUUCGCGCGCGACAAGAAGCCCAUCCUCGAGUGGUUCCACAAAGAGGUGCCCGACCCCAACCCCGAGACGCUCGAGGGCGUCGACAUCCGCCACCUCAGCGGGCGCGGCCACGAGCUCGCCGCCAACAUGAUGAUCGCGUACCUCGAGCUGCAGCUGUGCGAGAUGGACCGCCUCGAGCGCGACACGCGCGGCUGGACAACCGACAAGCUGUACCCCUCCGAGGAGAUAUUCCCCAACCUCCUCAUGACAAAGUACGACCCGUGGCACCCGGCGCCGCGUCUCAGGCCGACGUGCAUCACGACCAGCUCGGACAAGUUCCCGCUCGUGCCCAAGGCCCAGAGCGGGUGGCGCGAGUGGGCGUGGAAGGACAAGAAGUACCUCGUUGCCGACGCGCCCGGCUCGACGAUCGAGUUCGACUUCACAGUCUCGCGCGGCACAGUCUUCCUCUACUUCCUCCGCUCGUACCAGUUCGGCCUCGGCACGCUCGAGUGCGAGGUCGUCGGUGUGGCGGGCACGAAGAAGAAGAUUGCGGCGGCCUGGGAACUGCCGUACAAUAUCGGGCGGUCUGAUCGAUGGGAUUCGUUGCCUCCAGGCGAGCACACGCUCAAGUGCGAGCUGCUGAAGGAGACCGACGACCCCAACGGCGGCACAGAGUUCCGCCUCAUGGCCCUCAUGAGUAUUUAG